AUGGUUCAUAUCCCAUUGCUGUCGUCUCACAAGGACGCGGCCGCAGAGGAACAAGGAGAAGCCACUGAACAGACUCUGCCGCUGCGGCCCAAGGCGGGCGACUCGCCGCUCUCGGUAGCCAUUCACCGUCUGCCCACAGGGGACGGAAUGCUCAUCAAGGUGACGCCACCAAAUCAGCCUGCAGAUUUUGCUGCUGUUGGCGCAUCGUCAGCACCGGACGACGCUGGGACAGCCCGUCCUCCCCGUCAUGUACCAUGUGACAUUGUCCUAGUCAUCGACGUGUCCGGCAGUAUGGGCGAAGACGCUCCGGUACCCACGGUGGAAGGCGAGACGCCGGAGCGCAACGGCCUGUCGGUGCUCGACUUGGUCAAGCACGCCUCCCGCACCAUUCUUGAGACCCUGGACGAGGGCGACCGGCUCGGCAUUGUCACGUUUGCCACGGGCGUCAAAGUGCUCCAGGAGCUGACACAAAUGACAAAAGAAAACAAGGACAAGACCCAUGCCAAGAUCAGGUCUAUGGGUCCCGAGAACGCAACCAACCUGUGGCAGGGCAUUGUGUCCGGCAUCAACCUCUUUCAUGGCGGAAAGACCAAGUCCGGCCGCGUGCCUGCUAUUAUGGUCCUGACCGAUGGUUUGCCCAACUUCAUGUCCCCUCCGCAGGGCUACAUUCCCAAGAUGCGCACCCUUGGCCGCAUCCCGGCGCCCAUCCAUACCUUUGGCUUCGGCUACAGCCUGCGCUCUGGUCUGCUCAAGUCCAUUUCCGAGUUUACUGGCGGCAACUAUGCCUUUAUCCCCGACGCCGGCAUGAUUGGCACCGUGUUUGUCCAUGCCGUGGCCAACAUGCAGUCGACCUACGCAAAUGAUGCCGUCCUGCGCCUGACGUACCCUCAGUCUGUGACGAUUGAACAGACACAGGGUGAAACCGUCGGUUUACAUAAGCCCACGGUUUUGGAACGGAAACAGCAGCUCACCAUUGACGUUGGCAACAUCCAAUACGGCCAGUCGCGCGAUGUCUAUCUUCGCUACACGCUUAGCCCGGAUGCUGGCGACCAAGUGCCCAUCGACGCCGAACUCGAAUACAGAAAAAUGAGCACAGACCUGUACAGGGCGUCGACAUCGUGCAACCUGGCAGAUGGUCCGUACACCGACGAAAAAGUGGACGAUUCCGACUUUGAAAUUGUGGACAGCCCGCUGUCGCCACAUGAUGCUGCUUUCCACAUCUCGCGGUCCAUGCUUUGCGCAUUCCUUUCGUCCCUCAGCCCAUUGAACGAGAUGGACGAGCACAUCAACUCACCAUAUGCAAAAAUCGUUGAAACCGCACAGCUCGAUGCAUUCAUAGAGUCUCUUCCCGCAGGCGAGACGGCGCACGCUGCGGACCCCGCUUGUGCUGCACUGAUGGCUGACGUCAACGGCCAGGUGCGCAUGGCUCUGUCUCAAUUCGUCUACUACAACCGCUGGGGCCGGCAUUACUUGCCGAGUCUGCAGGGCGCCCACGCCGCUCAGCAAUGCAACUCGUUCAAGGACCCGGGCCCCCUUCUCUACGCGUCAUCCAGUCCGCUUUUUAUUGCCUGCCGCGACGCAUUGGACACGGCCUUUGACACCAUCCCGCCUCCCGAGCCCAGCAAGACGCAACGGUCCAAUGUACCGGGCGGCGCACCUCCGAGCUACUCCUCGGUCAGCAUGGGUCGCUACCGCAACUCUAGGGGCCCGUGCUUUGCUAGUUUCUGCCGUGUGACCUUGGUUGACGGCCGGUACAUCCGCGUCAACAAGCUUCGUGCUGGCAUGAGUGUCCAGACGCCGCGCGGACCCCGGACCGUUGCCGCCGUGAUGAAGACGCCCGUCAGCAGCAUCCCCAUGGUCACGAUUGGCCGUCUUUUGAUUACGGCAUGGCACCCCGUCUCCCACAACGGCACCAAGUGGGUGUUCCCCUGCCGAGACCCCGUGGCCAACAAGAAGACGACGGUGCGGUACACGGGCUCCAUCUACUCAGUGCUCCUCCAGCCCGACGAGGACGCCGAUUCGCACGCCGUCAACAUUGAAGGCGUCUGGGUGGUCACCCUGGGCCACGGCCUGACACAAAAGACCGACGACGAGGGCGAGACCAACAACGAUGUGCGCGUGCACCGCUUCUUUGGCGACUAUUCGGCCGUCUGUCGGAGCAUGGCGACACUGGAUGUGCGCAAGGACGGCCUUGUGAUCAAUGGUGGCUCGUCACGCAGCAACUUCCGGAUGUGGCAUACGAGGAAGUAA